AGGAUCAUUAAAUCUCUCAGAUAUGCGCUCAGAAUUUUCAAAAUACUUAGAGGCCUAAUAAAAGCUUUUAGAGGACGCCGUGCCGCCUACUUAAUGACUGUGCCCGACAACAAUACGAUAGUCCUCUCGUCUUACUGCGGACUGGGCACCUCCAUGAUGGAUACUCCAACAAAUAUUUACAUGUACCUGGUGAAUUACUACUUAUCUUUGAACACCAGCAGUGAUCCAGAAGAGGUCGAGUGUAUGACCUUAUUGCUUGCCGAGUAUGUGGCUCUCGUGGAGAACGGAACGGUCAGCUUCCCCCCUAGCGACAUGCCUAUUCUCCAAAAUGACACCGAAAACGUUAUCGAGCAGAUAGACAUUCUCUUGAAUGAAUUGGAUAUAUCUCUGUCAACAAUGACAACAACGCAGACUUCUGUAACACCAGAUGAGGAGACUCCACCGCCUGAGGCAAGCAGACCCAAGAGCAAAACGAAUCGUUUGUCGAUACAUAUCAUACAGAAUGUUGCUUUGUCAUAGAAGUGAAAACAAACUUUCCCUUCCAUCCAGACGGAGCAACAGGUAAA